UUUAAUAUUACUAUUAAAUAUAUAUUAAAUUUAUUUUAGAACAGUGUUGUUAAACGGCAAGCAAACUGCAAAGAGAGUUGUUCAUUUACCGGCGGCUAACGGCUCUAUAUUACAACAAAAAAUAUCUAGAAAGAAGAAACAGAGCAACAAUGUUGAGUUCUCCCGCGCCUCCCUCAACAUCACCUUCUUCCCCAAUUUCAUCGACGCCGCAGCUUCCACGCUCUCCGUGGAGGAAUCGAUGCGUGCUAGGCUUGACGUGCGCGAUAAUCGGCCUCGACGGCGGCGAUUUCGCGGUGGUCGGGGAGCAGGAGAGAGCUGUGGCGGUGGAUAUGCGAUCGUCGAUGACGGCUCCGAGAUGGAGCGACAAGAGAGCUUGCCUGCCGUGGCGGAUCAAUUCGCUUGAAACGAUCGUGCCGGAGAAUCUGCCGCGGCGGCGGUGGGAGGCCACUGGCUUCUCUGAGACGGUUAGGGCUGCGGUGAAAUCAGGCGCCAAGGGUUGUUUUAGUAUGUGAUUAACCAUGUGUAGAAAAUGGUGAAUUUUUAUACUGUGAAUAUCAACAAAUAUAAACCCAUUAUUUAAAUUAAUUACUACUGUAUUAGUUCCUUUUUU